UCCUGUCACUCUGAUCAACUUCUGGCCCGUAGACCAUGCACCCGGAUCGUCCCCUCAGCUCUCACAUGACGACACACACACUCGGAUCGAGCACUACGCCAACCGGUUAGCAGAAAUGGAGAAUCGUAAUGGCUCUUAUCUGAAUGACAGUAUCUCACCCAAUGAAAGCAUCGAUGACGAGCACAUGUUGAUCCAGCACUACUGCCAGUCUCUGAACCAAGGCUCUCCCCUCAGCCAACCUCGCAGCCCCGCCCAGAUCCUCAUCUCCAUGGAAACGGAGGAAAAGGGAGAGCUGGAGAGGGUCCUCAAUGACCUGGAGCAGGAGAACAGGAAGCUGCAGUCCGAGUACGACCGUCUGAAGAAGGCCCACGACAGGAAGGGCCUGUCCCCGCUGCCGUCGCCCCCAGAGAUGCUCCCGGUGUCGCCGCAGAGCGCACGCGAUGCCGAGCUCAUCGCGGAGGCCAAACUGCUGCGGCAGCACAAAGGGCGGCUGGAGGCCCGCAUGCAGAUACUGGAGGACCACAACAAACAGCUGGAGUCACAACUGCACAGGCUGAGACAGCUGCUGGAGCAGACGGAUUCCAAGGUGAACGGCACAGCUCUGUCCUCUCCCUCCACCUCCUCUCAGCGCUCCGACUCCUCCCUCCCUCUGCUCCGCGUGGCUGCCAGCCAGACUACUGAUACAAUGGGUGACGAUGAGCUGUCCAGCCCUUCCCAAGAUGCAUCUGGGCUGGAGGAAGUGAUGGAACAGCUCAACAAUUCUUUCCCUCAUAGUCAGGGAGGGAGAAGGGGACACCCAUGAGAGGUCCCAGUAUUGGCAGUUUGUUCCACAUGGCCGAUGAUCUGGGCCGCGCCAUGGAGUCACUGGUCAGCGUGAUGACAGACGAGCAGAGCGCCGAACAGCACGAGGCCCUGCCCUUCUGAUCCCACCUCCCGACUUCAACCUUCAAUCUCCCCCCUCCUCCCCCCUCCUGUGCUCCCUCCCUCCCUACCUGUCGCAUGCUUUUCUAGUCAAAACAACUGGAUCGGAAACACAGUUUACAAAGAGAAUAUAUAACGUCUAUUUUUGUGAAGGAUUGCGGUUCAAGCAACGACGCGUAUAAAAACAAAAGAAAAAAAUUAUAACUUGUAGAUUUCAGUAGUUUCUUAAAACGUCCUGAAGUUGUUUUAUUAUUAACAGAGGCUGGUUUUUAAACUUCUAUGCAAUUGUAUAAAACAAGAUUGGGUCGGGGAGGGGUAGGGACAAUGAGAGAUGAGAUACAAACAAGCGUGUUCAGUGUGUUCGAAUAUUUGCCAUCUCUUUGUAACCGGGGAAAAAGCAAAAGCAUUUCAGACAUUUGUAUCAAAAAAAAAAAAAAAAAGAAUGAUUGUAAUCAUAAGGGUGCUUUCUAAGAGGAAAAUGUCUUUCUAAAACAGCGUACACUACUGUCAAGGUAAUGCAGGCAUCCUGGAUCUUUACAGUACGUUGUCUGUGAGAUUGUGUGUGUGUGUGUGUGUGUGUGUGUGUGUGUGUGUGUAUACGUGUGUGUGUGUGUGUGUGUGUGUGUGUGUGUGUGUGUGGUGGUGCCUAAUAUCCACAUUACAUUGCAGCUUUUUUCCUUUAUGUUUUGGCUUUGGCUCAACAAGCUCAUGUUAUUGAGUUCCUCAUCUAUCCAUUCAUCCGUCCAACAAUUUGUUCAUCCAUCCUCCCUUUUGCCAACAUCUCUAUGGCAACGGUUUUUAUCACUGUGUUUUUUUUUUUGUUUUUUUUUUCCAGCACAGUGUACUGUGUGCAUAAACAGCAGUAUAAUUGGCCCGAUUCAGAACUGAGAGUCAACAAGGUCACUUCAGAACGAACGCAUAUAAUGAGAAAUAAUUACACACCUUUGGACAGAAAAACAAAUCUAGGUCUGUUUUUGUAUUUAAUUUAAAAGCGAUAUCUAUAAAUGUGAGUUAAUGAAUCAAAAACAUGUGGAAUUGUAUAUCUGUUGAAAUAUUAAUUGUUUAACAAAUGUCUUUAAUGAUAUUAAUGUGAUUUUAACCCCAAAGACUUUGAGAAAAGUUGUAAGUUGAGUCGUAGAUUUUUACAUUAAAGGUCAAAUAAAAACAGCCGAGGCUGACUCUCUGCCCUUAGUUCUUAAGUUUUUAAAAACUCUUGAGCCGACAUUUCCCAUAAUGCAAUUAACACCCAACUCUUCUACGUCAACACCAAAGAAUCCCCCUUUAAAAUGACAGAAUAUGUAAUACAAUGAUUCAUGUUUUUCAGAGUAAAGUCUUCUGGUCUGCUUCAAUAAUUCGGCCGUUUAUAUUCAGUUCUGCAUCGGGCCUUUUCAGAAUCCUCCAGAAAGACAAUUUAAAGAAAGAAAAAGGUCCUUAUCAUUGCACUGACAUCUAAGUUCUGGAUUUAUCAAACAUUUGUAACACUAAGAAUCUUUCUUUGGUCUCUCUGGGGCCUGUAGAGAACACACAGCACACUGCUCUGAGUAUUGGAUUACACUUUCUCUUUGAGAGUUUCUCCACAUUAGCUGAACUGUAAGAGGAAUUUAGAAGAAUGUGACUUUAAAUUGAAUCCGAGCACUGCAGUGUUACAAGGCUGCUAGAUGAGAUUAUUUUUGGAUGAAUCCUUCUGUUUGGACGAUUUUAACAGAGAAAUAUUUGAGUUCUAGGAGGCCCAGUAACGUAAGCUCUACCUCGUAUGAAUGGUCCGGAGGCUACUUCUCUACUGUAUCAAUCCCACACCUUUAUCAGAUUGUUGAUCAUUCAUUGACAGGAUAUUGAUUCAUGUUCUUCUGCACUGUAGGAGCCUUUGAUCUGAAUGUUCAGAGGCUUUUUUCAUCUCUAACAGAGAUUUCUACAACUACAAAGAACCAUUUCACACAAAUACAAAGACUCCGUGUGCACUACUGUCAUACCUGCGACUUACUAGAUAUUUGUUUUACGUGUGGAGGAUGCAUUAAUCUAGCAGAGUGUUCCAUUUUGUCUUUGGUUGAAAAGGCUUUUUUUGUUUUGUGCCGUGUGAGGUGUUACAAUAUUAGCAUGUGUGACUACAUGGACGCCAUCUUUAUUUAAUGUGCAGCCACUCUGUGCGAGCAUCGUGGCGUUCUACACCUGUGUGUUUUUGGCAUCAUAUCCUCUCAGCAUGAGCCAAAAGGGUUUCGUUUUGAUCCAGACACUGAAUAUGAUUGAUUGUUUUGUUUUUCUCAUUUCUAAUAAUUGUUUCAUACUCGCAUCGUUUUUCCAAUAACGCGUCAAUACUUCACAACAUAUCAGAUUCCACCAAAUAUAUGCCUUACUACUGUAUUAUAAACUGCUUUACUGUAUAUCAAUAAAGCACGCAGACAUGUUGACUUGA